UUUUUGGAGGUUGAAUUGUAACAUCACUGUAAGACAUAAUGGCUGAGAAUGACGUUGACAAUGAGCUGCUGGACUAUGAAGAGGACGACGAGCCUCAAGGAGCCCUGGAGACUACUGCCCCAGCAGGCAAGAAGGAGGUGAAGGGCUCCUAUGUCUCCAUCCACAGCUCUGGCUUCAGAGACUUCCUGCUCAAACCAGAGCUGCUCCGCGCUAUUGUCGACUGUGGCUUUGAGCAUCCAUCUGAAGUUCAACAUGAGUGCAUCCCUCAGGCCAUCCUGGGCAUGGACAUCCUGUGUCAGGCCAAGUCUGGUAUGGGCAAAACAGCAGUGUUUGUUCUUGCCACACUACAGCAGAUAGAGCCUGUGGAUGGACAGGUGUCAGUUCUGGUAAUGUGCCACACACGAGAGCUGGCCUUCCAAAUCAGCAAAGAGUACGAGCGUUUCUCCAAGUACAUGCCCACAGUCAAGGCAGCCGUGUUCUUCGGGGGCCUGUCUAUCAAGAAGGAUGAGGAUGUGCUGAAGAAGAACUGCCCUCACAUUGUGGUGGGAACCCCUGGCCGAAUCCUGGCCCUCAUCCGCAACAAGACCCUCAACCUAAAGAACGUCAAGCACUUUGUCCUGGAUGAGUGUGACAAGAUGCUGGAGCAGUUGGACAUGAGGCGUGACGUACAGGACAUCUUCAGGCUAACACCACAUGAGAAGCAGUGCAUGAUGUUCAGCGCCACCCUCAGCAAGGAGAUUCGACCGGUCUGCCGCAAGUUCAUGCAGGAUCCCAUGGAGGUGUUUGUAGAUGAUGAGACCAAGCUGACGCUGCACGGUCUGCAGCAGUACUACUGCAAGCUGAAGGACAGCGAGAAGAACCGCAAGCUCUUUGACCUGCUUGAUGUGCUGGAGUUCAACCAGGUGGUAAUCUUUGUCAAGUCAGUGCAGCGCUGUGUGGCGCUUUCUCAGCUACUGGUGGAACAGAACUUCCCUGCCAUUGCCAUCCACAGGGGCAUGGCUCAGGAGGAGAGGCUGUCCCGGUACCAGCAGUUCAAGGACUUUCAAAGGCGGAUCUUGGUGGCCACCAACCUGUUUGGCCGAGGGAUGGAUAUCGAGCGGGUCAAUAUUGUCUUCAAUUACGACAUGCCUGAGGACUCGGACACCUACUUACACAGGGUGGCCCGUGCUGGGCGGUUUGGAACCAAGGGUCUGGCUGUGACCUUUGUGUCAGACGAGACCGAUGCCAAGACUUUGAAUGACGUGCAGGACCGCUUUGAGGUCAAUGUGGCCGAGCUGCCAGAAGAGAUCGACAUCUCCACUUACAUUGAGCAGUCCAGAUGAGUCCUCCAUCCCAGAAGAAAUGUCCCCUAACCCUGAAUCUGUCCUUGUUUGGAUGAAAAACCUUCCUCGCUGUUUCAUUUUAAAGCUCUGUUCCUUGACUGUUCACCAAAUGUAUUUUUAUUUUAAUGUAUCAUUGGGGGUUGUCUGGUUUUAAUUUUGUUGUGGUUUGCUUUUGGUCAAUGAAAUUAACUUUUUAUAAAAUUCCAGUUUCUUGUCUAAUUUGACAGGUUACAUGUUACUUACAAUGGUGUGCGUAUUAUGAAAUUCUUCAAGUGACUUUUUUGCUAGUUAAUUGGGACCAUCAAUUCCCCAUUCAGAUUGAUUUAAUGCAAGCUUACAAACGUUGGGCCAAAUCUAAAAUGCAACAUCAGGAAAGUGUAUAAAGGGCUUCUUCGAAGUUACUUUACUUUAAGUCCCAAGCAUGUGGUGGUUGCAUGUUGGCUCGCUGGGAAAUCUAGGCACAACUUCAUUCUUUGUAAGGGCUUGUAAAAGGAGGGACCAUCACGGCUUAUUUGGAAGAACCAUAGUGUCUGCUGGUGCAUGAUUGACCCCAGUGAUCAUGGCUCUAUUAAUGGGAGCGGGGCAUCUGCGGCAUCCUUCCAUUGCGUAACCGCAUAUCUGCCUAAUGGUACAAUUAUUUAUACAGGAAUCAAACGGUUAUAAGCGUUUGCUGUCAAAUAAAACAACCUAUUAAUGCUAA